GAUCGAUAAUUGUUUCAAAUAUUUCAGACUAUUAUUGCCACCCAGCCAGACAUAGUGAUGGUGGAAUUAUGUAGAAGAAGAGCCAACAUAUUGGCUUUAGAUGAAAAGACAAUACUUGAGGAGUCUCGAAAUAUGAACUUGGAGAAAGUCAGAGAUGCUAUUAGACAGAAUGGACUGGUUCAGGGGGUUAUGUACCUUCUUCUGCUCAGUAUGUCAGCACACUUAACUAAGGAGUUAGGGAUGGCUCCUGGUGGAGAAUUUCGUAGAGCAUUUUCUGAAGCCAAAAAGGUUCCAGGUUGUUUAAUUCAUCUGGGUGAUCGACCUAUUCAGAUCACCCUGCAGAGGGUGCUGGCUUCCUUGUCACUGUGGCAGAAACUCCGAGUAGCCUGGUAUAUGCUGACAAGCAAAGAGCCAAUAAGUAAAGAAGAGGUUGAAAAAUGUAAGCAGAGAGACCUUCUCGAAGAGAUGCUGGCAGAGAUGACUGGAGAGUUUCCUGCACUAAGCACGGUGUUUGUGAAAGAGAGAGAUAUGUAUCUAGCAUAUUCUCUUCGCCUUGCAGCAACUCCACUUCAAGAUCCCAAAUCACCUAGUGGAAUGAAACCUUCGGUAGUUGUUGGAGUAGUAGGUAUUGGCCACGUACCAGGGAUCGUUGAAAACUGGGAGAAAAUAUCUGAUGCUGAUAUUACUCCUCUUCUAAUUGUUCCUGAACCAUCUCUUGCUGCUAAAGUCUUUCGCCACACCCUAAAGAUAUCAGUUCUAAGUCUGGCCUUGUGGGGUUGCUGGCGACUUCUUCCAUCUUCCUUCAAGUCAACGCUGACUUCACAGAGGCCAUUAGACUGGCUUAACCAUAUUUUUACUCAUUAAGUAUGCAGAAGUAACUGAAGAAUGAGCAAACUGUUGGAAAAUAUUACAUUGUUAAACUUUUCAGAUAGAUAUAGUAACCAAAUUUGUGUACACUGGCCUAAGAUAUCCUACCAAACACUAAAAUCCAUGUAAAACAUUCAUUAAAGUUCGUAUUGAAAACAAACGUUUUGGUUCUUAAAGACAUGGUGUCAUUAUAUAUGUAAAAACGUUGUGAUUACAUUUAGGAAAGUUAUCCAAAAAUAAUGCUUACAGAUUGGUUCCUGUAAAGGUUAAUGAAGUAAUUAGUAUAAAGGUUACAGGCUGUGAGAGAAAGGUGAGGAUUAAUAACAGAAAUUAUAAGGGUUAAAGUUAUAGGCCAUGAUAGAAAGGUGAGGAUUAAUAACAGAAACUAUAAGGGUUAAGGUUAUAGGCCAUGAUAGAAAGGUGAGGAUUAAUAACAGAAACUAUAAGGGUUAAGGUUAUAGGCCAUGAUAGAAACGUGAGGAUUAAUAACAGAAACUAUGAGGGUUAAGGUUAUAGGCUGUGAGAGAAAGGUGAGGAUUAAUAACAGAAACUAUAAGGGUUAAGGUUAUAGGCUGUGAGAGAAAGGUGAGGAUUAAUAACAGAAACUAUAAGGGUUAAAGUUAUAGGCCAUGAUAGAAACGUGAGGAUUAAUAACAGAAACUAUGAGGGUUAAGGUUAUAGGCUGUGAGAGAAAGGUGAGGAUUAAUGACAGAAACUAUAAGGGUUAAGGUUAUAGGCUGUGAGAGAAAGGUGAGGAUUAAUGACAGGUUAAGGUUACAGGCCAUGAGAAAAAGGUGAGGAUUAAUAACAGAAACUAUAAGGGUUAAGGUUAUAGGCUGUGAGAGAAAGGUGAAGAUUAAUAACAGAAACUAUAAGGGUUAAGGUUAUAGGCUGUGAGAGACAGAUAAGAACUAGGUUGUACUGAAUAUGUCUGGUUAUUUAUUUUGAUACCGAGUAUAUUAAUGUAUUACAGAAGAACAGGAUUUAUAAGAUGUACACUACAAGCAAUGGUGAUAGUAGAUGUUGGUAAUAGAUCAAAGUAUUAGUUUUAUAAAUUGUAAAGAAACGUGUGCCAUAAAGACAACCUCUGGCAUGGUACUGUAGUUAAUAAUCGUGUAGUCACAGUGAUUAUAUAACAAAAUCUUCCAUGAGGCCGUAAACAAAGUCCAUUCUUGUGAGAAAUUAUUGAUUAGACAUAUAUUUUGAACACUUAUCUUUCCUGUUAUUUUAGAUUGACAUGAAUAUAUAUUUUGACGUACCGAGUUAAUAACAAAAUUUUUGAACCAAAAGUGUAAA